AUGACCUGUUGUCUCCUUCCUGAGUCGUCGGCAGUUCUCAUUGCUCUGGCACAUGUGAGGGAGCUGGAAAAGCAGCUGAAAGACCUACACUUUAUCUUCUCACCUGAAGCAAGCGUUCACCUGGAGGGCAUAUCUGCCGCCCUCACUGAGCUGGAGGCAGUCAGGUGUGCAGCCAACCAGCGUGUGCAGGUCCAGAUUGCUGAAAACAACGAGUUGAGAAGUCAUAUCGUCACUGUCAAAGAGCAGAUGAGUCAACAGGAGACCGACACACUUGGUAAAUAUUUGGACUCCCUCUGUGAAAGACGAAAGGAGCUAGUGAAGAUCCAAGAAACUAUCAUGAGUCAGAAUGAUGAUCUACAACUACAGCUAGAGGACUUGAAGGGUGAGCAGAGAAAAUUAACAACUGGUUUACAGGAUCGAUUCACAAGUAAACACAACUUUCAGAUGAAACUGGACCUUACAUUGAAGCAGACAGAGAAACUGAAGUGCUACACAGCUGUGGUAACUGAAGACAGAGUAAAACUGCAGAGUAAUUUUCAAAUGGAAAGAGAAAACCUCUUGGUCGAUAGAGACGAACUGCACAGAGCUACCCAUUUGACUAAGGAGAAGGUAAUGCAGCAGAAAGAUGUCCUCCUCAUCAAGGGUGGCAUUUUGGACGGAGUUAAUCAAAAGAAACUAGAUACUACUAACCGCCUGGGUGAGUUCAUGGUUCUCAUGGCUCGGCUGAAGAGUGAUGUGCAUGAAAAGGCAGUGGCCCUCCGCCAGUGUGAGGAACAAUUGAGAGUGGAGAUACAAAAGCAAAAUCAGCUGAAGCUGGAACAUGAAGGUUUGAUGAAUGAAUUUUCCAGUAUAGAACAUGGUUUCAAAACUGCUCUCCAGGUUGGUAGAGAGGAACUCGAGAAGUUAGAGGGCUUGAUUGUGAGAGAGAAAAGUUUGAGACUGCCAUUCCAAGAUUCAGCUGCUCAGACAUUAGAGGUGUUGCAGCUUCAACAUGAGGAAGAGAGUAAAGUUACGUUGGAGCAAUUGCACAUAAUGCAACAACUGGAGGAGUCCCAGUUGCAGCUGGAUGGCUGCCUGGCAUCCAACAACAAACACAAAAAGGAGGCCAGCGAAUUGGAUGGUAAAAUCAGGGACCUUCUUAAAGCUGACACUGUCACCAGUGUCACGCUGGAGAAGGAUCUGAAAGAGCAGCGUGGGCAUGUGGACAUGGAGAACCAAAAAAUCAGAAGUCUUGAGGAGGAAAAGCAGAAGCUCACACAACUCUUGGACCAGGCAAAGAUAGAUCAGGAGCGACAGGUGACCUUGAUCUCCUCAGAUACCAGCGGAAUGAAGAACAGAUUCACAGUGCUGCAACACGAGGAGGCGGAAUUCUUGAACUUGCACCCCACGUAUGCUCACCCUGACCAACUACUCAGACACAUGACAUUGUGUGAGCGGGAGUACAAGCAGUUGCAACAAACAACCAUCCAGGAGAACAUGAAGUGUAAAACAGAGAGAGAAAUUAUCGCCAGGAAUAUCUCUGACAAGCUGAAACUGUUGGAGGAGAAGGAAAAAAUUUUGAUGGAAAUGGAAGCAGAGUGCUCUAAGCUGCGAUCCUGGCACAAUGAUCUACUGAGGUUCUCUUUGGAAUUAAAGAGCAGAAAAGAUGGUCUUGAGGCGUCUGCUCAGAGGCUGAAGGAGAAAACAAGCUUGGUGUUGAAACACCAAAAGAAGGCAAAGGUUGAACUGGACAAUGUGAGAGCAACUCACUUGCAUAGACUUUACCAACAGGCCGCUGAGCUGAAACAAGUGGAGGUGACCCUCUAUAAUUAUGAAGUUCAACUGGAGCGGGCGAGGAAGGAAAACCAACUGACUCGUCUGCAUAUAUGGAAGAUGACAGAGGAGGUCAGACACUCUAAACAGCGCGUGGACUCUUACAAGAGAACGAGGCAGCAAUUCCAUCAGGACAUGCAUGAAGUAAUGAAGGGAGUACAGGCUGUGUGGAUUAAGGAUCAUGCUUUGAUGAUGCUUUGAACCAUUUAAGGUCUCGUGGAGACCUUCUCAGGAAACUUGACAUCCCACCUCAAUCAACAAGUGUUUGAAUCCCAAGGGAGAACUUGGGUGAACCCUGGGCAGAGUUGAUGUUCUUCAUUUAUGUAUAUCAAGUAUUUCGUUUGUUUUAUUUUAUUUUUUCUGUCCACCCAUCUGUGCGUCCAGCUGUCUAUCUUCAUGUUGUUUUUAGAUUUUGUGUGUGUGUGUGUGUACUUGUACUUCUAUCUUUGUGAGAACCUGUAUGAGUUUUUAAUCAACAGAGAACAACCCUCACUUUGUCAAGCCUCAGUUUGAGGGUUAAAACUACAAAAUAGCUGGGUUAUUAUAAUUGGGUUUUAGUUUGGUACAGAGUAAAGGUUAAAUUUCAGUUUCAGUCUCAAUCAGUUUGUUUUAGAUGGUUAGGUUAAGGGGAGAUGCUGGGAAAAGGGUUAUGUCAAUGUAUUGGUAGUCACUAAGACAGGAAGACAAACUUGUGCGUGUGCACGUGUUUGUGGUUACCUACAUUUUUUUCUUUUUUUAUUUCUCUGAAUGAUGAUUGAUUUAUUGUUCAGAGAUGUAUGCUUUGUUGUGAUUAAUUAAUUUUAUUAUUAUUGGAUAACUGAACUCAAUCUGUCCGGGUUUUGAGAAUGAAGACUAGGUUUCAUUAAGUUGUGCAAAAUUUCCAAGUUGUUUUGUCGAUAUGUGCAUAAGUCCAACUUUAAAGCAUAAAGGCAUUUCCACUCUAACUUUUUAAUUCUAGCUUUUGUUUUACGAAAGGUUUUUCUUUUUUUUUUUUUUUUUGACAUGUUUCUACUGUACGAUGUAACCCAGCAGGUAGGACUCUUCAGACUUUUGUGGAUUUCUGUGAAAAUUGUAGCGUUUGAGAGAACAUUAGGUUAGACCCAAUGUACUUUGGGUUCUCUGAUCUGAUUAAUCUUUUCUGAGUCUUAUUAUAUUAUUUGGCACAUUUUGUGUACGCAUUGUUUUUGCAUCACACUAUUCCUUGCAAUCCAAUACAUUUUUUUUCCCAGAUUCGUUUGGUUAUCUGGGCUGCUGUUGUUUCACCUGAACUUCCUAAAACAAUGACAAAGCGGAGUUGCUAUUGAACCAUACUAUUAAAAGACUAAAAAAUCCAUGGAUUUGUGGAUCUGGUUCGCAUGUUUACAUGUAUAGGAUCUCUAACAAACCGUUACUGUGAUGAAAUGAGCUUAGCCGUUGGGAAGAUCCACAAAUGUGUUGAUGAGAGGUUAUAUUGAUAUUAAUAAGAGAGGGAGUCGAUGGUUUUCCCUUGAAAAAUAAGUCAGACCACCUUGUUUCAGGGUGGAGCUUCUGCUUUGGUUCGAAGUUCAUUGUGUCAGCUAGAGUUCUGCGCACCAAAGAGAACAAAUAUGGAAUGUAAAAAUGGAACCAAAACAUUACCACAAACGGCCUCCAAUAUUGCCUCCAACUAACUCCACUUAUUUUUCAUCCUUUUUCUGUGUCGCAGCUGACACAUUGUCAUUGCUAUACAGCGUCUUUCUGUCUUUUGUUUUGUGCAUCUUGAAAACAGCCAGUGUUAAAUCCUUCUUCCAUGUCUUCAUGUGUAUCCUCCUUUUGUACUGAAG